AUGACUGAUCCAUCAUCCAGCACGACAUCAGCAAAGCCAGAAGACGGCGAGCCAUACGAUCUGGACACGUCGGCCCUAGCGGCGCUGGACACCUUCCGCGCCCAAAAAGCCGCCGGCGAAGCAUCCCUACUCAAGUUCUCCCAAUCCUCCUCCUCUUCCUCUCGCAAGAAGAAGACAAAACGACCAAAAGAAGAGCGCAAGCUGACACCUGAAGAGGAAGCGGCAGAGGAAGCAAAGGCGGAGGCGGCGCUGCUAGCUGAGAUCGAGGCGAUAGCGGACCUCGAACGGCUCAACGGUGUUGCGCCCGACUCGGCGGAUUCCAUGCUUGCGGCUCUCUCGUCGCGGCUCGAAGUGGACGACGUGGAUAACGACGAAGAGAAGAGCCUGGAUGUGGACACCUUCCGGCAAACAUUCGGGGAGAGCUGGCAGCUGUCGCAAUUCUGGUAUUCAGCCAAGUUCGUGCAUGAGCUCUCGCAGCUCAUCUUUCGACUCGUCUCCCCACCGUCCACCGACAUUCUCACGGACAGUCAGGCGGUCAAGGCAGCAUUUGGAGACGCGAGAGUGGCAUUCCUCUGCUGCCCGACAGCGUGGGUCGGCUUCGUCCACGAGUACCCAUCGCUCCGAUCACAAGCCUUCGUAUUCGAGGUCGACAAACGGUUCCACGCACUCAGCAAGACAAGCUUUGUCUACUACAACCUACACGAGCCGGAAGCCGUACCAAAGGAGCUGCUGGGCACGUUCGACGUCCUGGUCUCUGACCCGCCCUUCCUCAACGCCGACACGCAGGGCAAAGUCGCCCAAACAGCACGACUGCUCGCGAAAGACAACGCCAAGUUCCUCCUCUGCACAGGCGAUAGCAUCGCCGAAGAAGCGCGGAAGAUGUACGGCUCACCACCACUGGAAAAGCUCGAACUCGAGGUGGAACAUCAUGGUCUCGCAAAUGCGUUUGGCAUUUGGGGUCGCGUCUAA